CAAGGAAUUGUGCUCAAGUUUCUACAUUGAAAUGAAGGUGUGCCCAUUGACAGCCGAGCAAAUUUUAAAGGAGCGUUCGAAAGUGGCCAGAAUUUUCAAUAACAGCAGCACUAACUGAUUUCUAGUUAAUAAAAGGAACGAUCAUGCAUAAUCUCCGAGUUACCGCUAUACUGCUCUUCCAGAGCCUGAAAUAAAUCUGAUUAUAAUUUAGAUCAACAACAAUUUAGCUAAAUUUGUCAAAAUUCAGAGAGAGAAUUGAUAUCUACACUGAACUGAUUGAUGAAUGAUAACAAGUGCACAGCGAUAAGAAAAAAUUGGGAUUGAUAUUUGAAAGAAACCGAUCGCAGAUAUGAGGCAUAUAGAAAGCUUUUAAAAAGCGGAAUGACUAGUAACAAAAAAUUUGAUUACGUUGAAUAAUUAAGCAGACAUUUAUUAUGGAAAAUCCUAGUGAUUUAUCUCUUCUUAUGAAAUCAUUGCAAAGAACGCUGCACAGAUCGUCCGUGACGCACCGAGCGGCCGCAGCAGGAGCUUGCGAGUUGAUCCUCACCAUCGCGCAGCGAGGCCUCAACGUCGACAUCGUGUGCCCGAGGUGUCGAUAUUCUCCUCUGCAUCUCGCUGCAGCUUUUGGCCACGUCCAGGCCGUGUAUUUACUCUGCAGAUUGGGAGCUGACAUAUCAAAAACCGGAAUGGGAUGUCUGAGCGCAUUGGGAAUGGCUGCUCGGUGUGGGCAUGGAGACGUGGUCCAGGUGCUGUUGCUGUGGGGGGCAGGCUUCCAGCAGGAACACAUGCUUCUAUCCGCGGUGUACAAAAACUGCGGACCGCCAACCACCAUCGCAAUAAUAUCUCACGGCGCACUGAAAUAUACUGGCAAAUGGGAACUUCACAAAGUUCUGGCCGAUGCGUGCCUUAAAAACGAGACAUCAUUGGUCUCGGUGCUUUUAAGCUGCGACGUUUGCAUCGAUUUUGAGUUUACCGACAACGAUGACACCGUUUUUUCGUUCAGGAAUAGAAUGAAAUUUUCCCCAGCUAUUCAAAGGAUGUUGUUCGAGUAUCAGAUGAAAGUUAUGGAGCCCCAGACGCCUGUCCCCAUGAAAGGCUGGAGUGCCGUGCAGAAGAGACAUCAUCGACGAAGCAGAUCUUUUUAAAAGAAUAGAAAUAAAAUGCAAUAUUGAGCGUAG